AUCCAGUUGUAUUUGUAUAAAUUUUUGGUUGAAUUUGAAAUUGAAAUUUUUUUUUGUGCGUGGAAAAUUGUUGUAAAUUUUAUUAAUUAAGAAAAGAAGAUUCAAAUGUGGACAUGACGAGCAUAACAAAGCAUCAAUAUGAUUUUACAAAUGGUAAAUGCGCAAAUAAAGAGAAUGUCUUGUCUAACGGAAAACAAAGUGAAGUGACAAAAUCAUCAAGUGGCAUUGACAGCAACUUUGAUUGGGCCGAAAAAGAGGCAAUUAGCCAACAGAGAAAGUUGCGCUUGAUUCAGGUACGCCAACAAUCCAAGGAAAUUGCUGCUCAAGUGCGAGAAAAUGUUCGAAAAGAAGAACAACGUCAAAUUGAAAAUAUAAAUCGCAUAAAACGCGAUGAAUUAUUGAAUUGGCGCCAGAAACAAACGGGAAUUGUUGUGAAGAAUUACGAAAAAUGUUUGGAACAAAUUGGUGAAGCACAUCUGAACGCGGCCCGUGAAAAUGCAAAAGAACGUCAAUUUGAAGAGCAAAAGGUGAAAAAUCGAAAACUCGCAUGCAAACGUGGUAAAAUGGCGGCACAAAAACUUAAAGAAGAACAAGCUCUGAAAUCAGCAAAACCAACAGUGAAUAGAGUGAAACAGAAACAAGUGGUGACCAUAUCAAAGGCGAUUCAAAGUUCACCGGAAUCGGAUACAUCGACAACGUCAACGUCAUCAAGUACUAGUACAGAUGCAUCGGUCAUUUUUGUGGAAACCAAAAAGAAACCAGAAGUGAAGGUGAACAUUCCAACAAAAAUGCCACUUUCACCAAAACGAUCGGUGAAAAUGAAAUCACCUGCACGCACCGAAUAUAAUCCAUCGCGAUAUGCUUCGGCUAAUAAUAGUACGGCCACCGAUAUUUCAUUUACCGAUAGUCCAAUGAGUGAUGCACCACCAUUAAUCACCAAAGUUUCUGAUUUGUUGGGAAAAAAAUCGUCAAUUAAAGCCACUUCACUCCGAUCAAGUCCACACAUUGCAAAAACCUAUAAAUUGGACAAGAGCCCCGUUACUUGCCGAAAUAUAACCAGAAAAACGACACAAAAACCACAAAUAAAUACAGUUUCAUCACGUUUGUCUAGAGUUAUUAAAACACCAUCAAAAUCAAGCGGAAAAUCACCCAUAAAGGUUUUACCAGAAAGGAAGCAUUUUGUUCCCGAAUUUGUAAAAGCGAAGGCAUCAUCAAAAACAACCACAGCAAAUGCAUCGAUUCAAACGGCACCACAGCGAACAUCAAAGGUGCAAUUUUACGAUCAUGCCAAUAAAUUUUCAAGACAAUAUGACGGAAGCAUCGAUGUAAUUGAACGAGUUCAAAACGUAAUACCUCUUAGUGCGUGGGAAGAAGCCAAGAAAGACAGCGAAGCCGACAUAAUCAAAAGAAGUGAAUUAAUGAACAUGAAAAUAUUGGCCGAAAAUCGAUCGAAAGUUGCUUUGGAAAAGGAGAAAAUCCGUAAAGACUAUGAUCUAAUGUCGAUUCAGCUGAAAGAAAUAUUGGAUAAUAAUGACUUGGUUCACAGUUUUCUAGAGACCAACGAAAUUCUCUCGGAAUCCCGACUCAAACAGUUGGCCGAAGAAAAGCAGCAACUGAUGAAUGACGAAUUUUCUAAAGUUCUGAAGCAACCGGCCAUAAUAACGUGUCCAAAAAUUAAUUCAAAAACUUCAAAAUCUUCAACAUCCAAUCAGUGUGGCGAAAUAAAUGUUGCGCAAGCUAAGUCACAAAGUACCACGAAAUUGAACGCAUUAAAACAAUCUCAGAAAAAAGAGAAUGCAAAGGAAUUACAAAAGGAUGACACAACCUCUGAAAAUAUCUUGGAAAAUACUCAACCAUUUUUGUUAGAUUAUGUAAACGAGCGCUCGAAUAAUCUUUGUGAUGAUAUAAAUCGUUGUCGAAAUGACCACAAAGAUACUGAUUUCAAUCAAGGAAAACUUGCGGCUUUGCAUGAUUUACUCAAUAAAUUCAAUACAUUUCGGCGUAUUUUGUGCGACGAGAUUAAAGAAAAUAACGGCGAUAUAAGCCACAUCGAUGCCGAACGAUUCAUGAACGAAAUUGAUAAAGUGGAAGAAAAGAAACAGGAAAUAAUGAAAGAAAAACCAAUGGAAGAAGUAUCGAGUAGAAAACAAACAAAGCAGAAACAAAAUCGCGAACUUGAUUUGAGCAAACGUGAAAAACUGUUGAAAAUCAAAGAAUCGUGUAUUGAUGAAAAAGUUCGUGAAUUGUUUUUGCGCGAAAAGAAGAUCGAAGAACAAAAGAAAUGCUCGAAAAAAGAAGAUGCAAAAACAAGAAAAGAUAAAAAAGCGAUUGCCAUGGUUACGUCCAAUGGAGCAGAAUCUAUGGAGGACAUUCCAGUUCGUAUUGUGAUCAAUGUCAAUAAAAAUGAGCAAAGUAAGGAGAAAACCACGGAAGUCGUUGUGAACGAACUGAAAUGGAGUGAAAAAUUGAAAAAAACGUCAACUGAAAGUAUUCAAGCUGUGCCAGUAUCGAAUGGCUGUGGAAAAAUUUAUCCAAAAACACCAGCUGCCAAAACGAAAAUGGUAACCUUGAUAGAAAGAAAACAAUUGGACAUUUCAUCAUCGUCAACAUCGUAUACCUCUUACUUGAGCCCACCCGAUCAAAUGAAAACCCGUCUAACGGCAAAAAUGGAACAAAGUGCCAUAUCUUCAAAUGUGAAUGCUGCAAUGCCGUCGGAAAAUUCACCAGUUAACGACUCUGAGCUCUUACACUAUAUUAUUCGAAUGCUUGGAAUGUCACGAACUUCGAUCGAUCAGUUAAAUAUGAGUUCGGUUAGCACAGUGAAAACUCCAAAUUCAUCGAUUAUAAAUGUAAGCAAUAAUCGACAGCUCACUUCGUCCAGUUUGACGUCAACGCCAAUUUCGCAUUCAUCGUCAGUAUCCAUGGAGCAAAUUCAAUCAAUUGACAAAGCAAAGCUUCAACAACUCGCCAAAUAUUUGGCAGAGAAUAAUAAAUUGGCAACAAAACCACGCAAAGACAGCAAAGAAAGUGGUGCAUCUAGCGGUGUUUGGGAUGAAAUUUUAUCAAAGAAGAACGAACCGAAUUCCAAAUCGGAAAAAACGGAAAAUUCCAAAUCAAAACCAUCUGAACGGCGUGAAAACAACGCAAUGGUUGAAGAUUCGGAUGAUAAGUUAUCGAGAGAUGACUUGAUUGCCAAAUACGAUGAGUUAGCAGCGAAUUGUACCAAGCGCAUUAUCAAUUUGGACACAAUGAUUUCGAAGGUGCGAGAGGAAAAACAAAAAUUGCUGGAAAAUACACUUUCUUCGGCCAGCAGUUUGAUAACGGGACAAAAAGAAGCAACGGAAUAUAUGGAGUAUCCGCAACAAGAACAAAAACAACAAACAGAACAAAGCAACAACAAUAUAAGUUCACCGUUGUCAGACAGCAAGGGCACAAAUGCACCAUCAUCCGAUUUUUCAUCAACAAGCGGCACUGCUGAUAUAUCGAUGCCAAAUGAAAAUCGUGCCGGUCUAUUUGCGGCAAAGAAUAAACUACUUGGCGAAAGUAAAGACAGCGGUGUUGGCAUUUCCAGACCAGUAACAUCUUCAGAUUAUCGUGAUAGUCCCGAUUUAAAACAAAACACAAAGACUGUGGAUUCAGAGCGUCAAAGCAAAUUACUGCAAAAUGCAUUGCAUGAAAGUAAACGAGAUGCUUCAUUUGAACCACUUUUGAAAGACAUUCCCAGGGCUAAUUAUCGAAUUUCAAGUGGUGGACAAAUUGUAUACGAACAACCACAACAAAAACACCAAGCCGAACAAAUUCCGACACAUAGCCGAGAAAAAAUGGUCAAACCCUCACCACCUCCAGUCGCAAUGGCUAGAUACAGUCCACACAUGGAAGACGAAUUGCCACACGAACUAAGUACAAUAACUGAAAUUGAUACUCCACAAACUUCACGAUUGAACGCAACCGAUGCGACCAAUUUAAAUGAAACUAAAAAUAAUUCCAUAAAAUUGACACAGGCCGACGAAGCAUCCAAACUUAUUUACAAAGCAUUUCCACAGCUCAAGGAUUACAUUAAAUUAAAUCCAAAUACUUCGCAAGUUUCAAUGGCAAGUGCAAACGAUACUGAUCUAACCAUGGCUGGCACGAGUGCAAUUGCAAACGAACACGUGGAAAAAUUGUUAGAACCAUUUGGUUCUCAGGUGAACGAACUGAAAUACAAAACAUAUGAUGGUGAUCGUCCGGACGUCAACAAUAGUAGACAAUUGGAAGAUUCCGAGUUGCGUAUGAGUUAUUCAAAAUUUCCAACACAUUCGGAGUAUGCCAAAUCGGUUCCCGGUUUACUUGAUAGUCAAAGCUUGGACAAAGUGGAUCUUUCCGAUGAUAACUCAAACUCUAGCCUCCCGGACAUUGUGAACGAAUUGAAAAGUCGUAAAAUAUUGGAUCGUUCAUUUGAAGAGGCUAAAGGCAAUUAUGGAAAUUUAGAUGAUUUGCUUGUUGUGGGAAAUCCAAGGGCUAUAUCACUACUGACGACAGAGUCAACCGUAUCAGACACUUUGUCAGAAGAACUUGAACAUGAAUUGAAUAGCAUGGGAUUGGCAUGGGUUUCGACCGAAUUGAAAAAAUCGAAAAAAGUAUCUACAUCGCAAUCAUCCGAUUCAUCGAAUCAUGGCGAAAGACUCCAUCGUUCCUCGAAUAAACAACAAUCGCCAAGUAAAUUGAAAGCAGUUCAAAAGAUGAAUCAUAGCAAAGCAACCAAUGACAGUUUUGUUGACAAGAAUUUGGUGGCGACCAACUCAGGAACGGUAGAAGGCACGAUUACCACACAGAAAAGUGAAUCGGAUCAAUUGGCAAAAUCCAUUAAUCUUAAGGACUUUCUUGCACGUCAGUUGAUGAAACACAGUUCAAUGUCGUCGUCAUCAUCUGAUUCAUCGUUGGCCAGUAUUUUCUUAAAAUCAUUUUUACUUCAAUCGGAUGUGAAAUCACCAGAUACUCCACAGAAUCGUGGUAAGGAUAAACAUCGUACAUCGACCCCAGUUGAUCACAGUAGUGGCGAUGGGAAGGAUUCAAGCUCAAAAAAAAUGUAUCGAACUCUAACAUCAACAGCAGUGGGCGAGAUGAGCAAAAAUCAAACUGAAUCACUAACGUAUUUCUCGAAUGAAAGCCAUCAAUUAUCAUCGGUUCGCAUGAGCACUACGAAUUCAAUGUCUUCUACUCUAAGCGAUGAACGACAAAAUUGAAUAUCUAUGAUCUGAACAACAUUUGAAUUUAGCAGGAUCUGAAUCGUACAAACACUCACAUCCAAGAUAAAAAAAUUUAUUAGUUUUAAUAUGCAUAUAUUGAUUGCUCAACGAUACUUAAAAAGUCGCAUUUAUUACCACUUAAUUUAAGAAAAAAUUUAAGCUUUAGCAAAAAAGACGCAUUUAAAUGAAAUCGAUUUGACUGAAUUAAUCUUACAAUAUGGCAUUUCAUCGAAUUUUUAUAACCAGACCACAGUAUUUCAUGUACUUAUUCAACGCAAUUUUUUUUAUACAUACAUUUUUGAGAUUUUAAAUGAAAACAACGAAUUUUGUGCCUUGUGCUUUUCGAAUGUUUCAAACAAUGCAUGAUUUUAAUUGUGGAACCAUUUUCCCGAGACACAAAAAAAGAAUUCAGAAAUAUAACGCUUAAAAAAGAUUUUAUAAUUGUUAAACUUUGCUCAAUGGUAUUAGAUUAGAUUUAAUUUUUUAGCACAUUUAGAAUUUAAAAAAAUGCCAUAUUAUGUUCAAUUGUUCA